AUGAUACAGGCUAUGGUAUAUGGCCCAAUGAAUCUUGUAGCCAACUUACUUGACGGACCCUGAAGACGCAGGUCCCUGGUUGACACCCACACUUGGUCUCCGAUCUCAUAUGUGGACCCAGGAGACCGUCUGCGAUUUGCUGCCUUUUUGUAUCGUACUUGGGCCUGGAGCAUCGCCUGGAGUCAAUGAGCACCGACUGCUGAACGGAGUGAACACUAGACGACAAUGGGGGGCGAGGGAACCGCGGCGGGAACACUCACUGCUGCGGGCGCCGGAACCUGGAUCGGUGCCUCCUCACCGGAGGUUCUCAGAGAGACGGUUGACUGCCUCCACCAGUCCUGCUACCACGUUCUCCUGGCGGAGCACACAUUCAGUCAGUCUCUGGAUUGAUUCAUUAGUCUUUUCUCCCUGCUCGCUGAGUCGCUGUCCCUGAGCUAGGAGUGCAGCGCGGAGGUUCUCGAUGCCGGCUGGGUCCAUUUCUGGCCAGAUUGUUCUGUCAGAAACACGGAGAUGACGGACCCACAUGCACAGCUCCAAGCAGACGUAGGAUGUGAUAUAAAGGGUUUUAUUUUGGCGCAAACAAGGUCAGUUCAGGCAGGGUCAUACACAGUAUGACAUACGUCGGUAUGGAGUGGGUUCAGGCAAUCUCAGAUCCAAAAACAGACAGGAUUCAGUAACAGGUAAGCUCGGUUGCAGUACAGUUCAGGGCAAGGCAGUCUCAGGCCAAAAAUAAGCAAGGUUCAAUAACAGGCAGGCUCGGCUACGGUACAAUUCAGGGCAAGGCAGACUCGGGUUCAAAAACAAGCAGGAUAAUUAACAGGCAUACACGGUUACAGGACAGACGAGGGUCAGGCGGAUUCAAGAACGGCGAUUUGAAACGAGAUCAGGAUCAGGAGUCAAACAAAGUAAGCAACGCAGGAUAGUGGUGAGUGCGCGCAACAAUCUGGCAAUUGGCUUGGGUGAGUACUGGAGCUUAAAUACAGGUGAGUGAUUACUGAUGACAGGCAGGUGUGAGUAAUGAGAACCGGAAGUAACACUGAAACUACUGUGAUGUGACCAGAAAAGGAAGUCCUUACAAAAUAAAACAGGAACAUGAUCCUUUAUCCUCAUGUAUUUCAAUCUGCUUUUUUUAUUAUUCAAUUAUUCCUCAGAUGCAGGUGUUGCAGUACUGUAUGUGAUACAGUCCCAUGUUCACCGCAUUAUCCACAGACAUAUUUGCCAUAGGGAAACUGCAGGGGGUCCAGCAGGUGUCCUGAGGCCUUUUUCAGAUGAGCCAACUCCAGGAAUUUCAACACCUUCUUAAUAACCAAAAGUAUUAGAGGCACAGGCCUGUAGUUAUUUAGUCCAGUGAUGUUGGAUUUCUUGUUCUACUAUUUAAUAUUUUAUUUCAAUCUGUCUCUUCCUUGUCAGGCCUCCACUACAACUACGUGGUUAGCUUUUCUCUGCCAAUUAGUAGCGGUAAGGAAAAUAAGAAAACUUGAGUUCAGAAUCAAAAGAAACGAAAAGAAAAGAGUGACUACAGAGACAGAGGAGCUGGUGUGCAGACAGAGAGGAGAUGCUGAAAAACCCCAGCUAUCUAAAGAUGGUGACAUAAUUAUUGGAGGAAUCUGGCCUUUUUACAGCAGCUGGAAAGACAGAGUGGAAACCUACACAGACAAACCACUGCCAGUAGAAUGUAUCAGUUUGAAUUUCAGAGGUUUCCAGUUUGCUCAGGCUAUGGUUUUUGCCAUAGAGGAGAUCAAUAACAGCACAGAGCUACUACCUGGGAUCUCUCUGGGUUAUAAAAUGUAUGACACCUGUGGCUCCAUUGCUAGAAGUGUGAAAGCUGCUCUGGCCUUGACAAAUGGCAAUGAAGCUGUGUCUGCUUCAGAGGCUCUAUGUAAUAAACCUGCACAGGUGCAGGCAAUAAUAGGAGAGACGUCGUCCACUCUUUGCUUGGCCAUAGCUGCUGUAGUUGGACCAUUUCACAUUUCACAGGUUUGUAAAGUUAGUCAAAUUAUAAUCAUACUUGUCAUCCUAGUGAUGUUUUUCUUGGGAAGUAAUUUUAUGUUUUAUCCUCAGAUCAGUCCCUAUGCCACCUGUGCCUGCCUUAGUGAUAAAUCCAAGUACCCAUCCUUCCUCAGAACAAUACCCAGUGACUACUAUCAGAGCAGAGCUCUGGCCCAGCUGGUCAAACACUUUGGUUGGACCUGGGUUGGAGCUAUUAGAAGCAAUAAUGAUUAUGGCAAUAAGGGCAUGUCUACAUUCACAGAAGCAGCUCAGCGGCUGGGCAUCUGUCUGGAGUAUUCUGUAGCUUUCUUCAGGACAGACCCACCAAAUAAAAUACACAUGAUAAUAAACAUUCUCAAGGCUUCUACCUCCAAAGUCAUUGUUGCUUUUGUCUCUGACUUGGAUAUGGAUGUUCUAUCACAUGUGCUGUCCAGCCAGAACAUGACUGGGUAUCAGUGGGUUGGCAGCGAAAGCUGGAUGGUUGAUUCCAAAACUGCAGAAAUGGAUAAACAUCAUAUUCUGGAUGGUGCCAUAGGUCUGUCUAUCCCCAAAGCACAUGUUAAAGGAAUGAGAGAAUUUAUAUUAGACAUUAAGCCACUUAAUUCUUCAGGUAAUGAAAUAUUCACAGAGUUCUGGGAGACAUUACUUAGCUGUAAGUUCAAACAGUCAGCUUCAUCAGCAGAGAAUGAGAAACAAUGCACUGGUCAUGAGAAUCUGAGUGGCUUGCAACACAGUUACACUGAUAUGUCACUUAUGCCCAUAUUCAACAAUGUGUAUAAAGGAGUGUAUACUGUGGCCCAUGCACUACAUAAGAUUUUUGACUGCAAUGACACGUGUAAUGUGUAUAAUGUGCAGCUGGAUCCAUUGAGGGUGAGGCAAUAUUUCAAAAGUUGCAAAACAAUUAAUUUCAUGACAAAGGAAGGAGAUGAAGUUUACUUCAAUGAAGAUGGAGACCCACCAGCAAAGUAUGAAAUUAUAAACUGGCAGCCAAAAGAAAAUGGUGUUGUGGACUUUGUCACAGUUGGUCUCUAUGAUGCAUCUUUACCUGCAGACAAACAGCUGAGUCUGCAAAAUAAGACUUUAAUCUGGAGACAGAACUCGACACAACUUCCUGUGUCAGUUUGCAGUGAGAAAUGUUCCCCAGGAACUCAUAAGGUUCUCCAGAAAGGAAAGCCUGUCUGCUGCUAUGACUGUAUAAGAUGUGCAGAUGGAGAAAUAAGCAACACCACAGACUCAGUCACCUGUGUUCAAUGUCCACCUGAAUCCUGGUCAAAUGACAAUAGAGAUAUGUGUGUAAAGAAGGAGGCAGAGUUUCUAUCCUAUGAAGAAAUGAUGGGAGCACUGCUCACCGCAGCAUCUUUAUGUGGAACAUGCAUGACUGCUGUUGUAGCCUUCAUUUUCUUCACAUACAGGAAAACUCCUAUUGUCAGGGCCAACAACUCUGAACUGAGCUUCCUGCUGCUCUUCUCCUUGACUCUGUGCUUCCUGUGUUCUCUGACCUUCAUGGGUCGACCCUCUGAGUGGUCCUGCAUGCUGAGACACACGGCAUUCGGCAUCACCUUUGUCCUCUGUAUGUCCUGUGUUCUGGGCAAAACUGUGGUGGUGUUAAUGGCCUUCAGAGCUUCACUUCCAGGCAGUAAUGUGAUGAAAUGGUUUGGACCAACACAGCAGAGACUCAGUGUUUUGGUCUUCACUCUCAUACAGGUUGUAAUAUGUGUCCUGUGGUUAAAAAUUUCUCCUCCUUUUCCAUUUAAGAAUUCAAAGGUAGUCAAAGAUAGAAUCAUCUUAGAAUGUGCUUUGGGCUCAGCUGUAGGAUUCUGUGCCGUCCUUGGCUAUAUAGGUUUUCUGGCUCUGUUCUGUUUUGUUCUUGCUUUUCUGGCUCGGAAACUGCCUGAUAACUUUAAUGAGGCCAAGUUCAUCACCUUCAGCAUGUUGAUAUUCUGUGCAGUGUGGCUUACUUUUAUUCCAUCUUAUGUCAGCUCUCCUGGAAAGUUCAGUGUUGCUGUGGAGAUAUUUGCUAUUCUGUCCUCUAGCUUUGGACUGUUGAUAUGUAUUUUUAUUCCAAAAUGUUACAUUAUUUUAUUAAAACCCGAGAAGAACACAAAACCGAAUAUGAUGGGAAGAGAGUCAUCACAAAUGUCUUGACAUCAAAAAUCAUGGGAGCAGAAACAUUGUGUUCAUCUCAGUUUUUACAGAAUAUCAUAACACUACUCUUGUAUGAAACAGUCAAUGAUUUGCAUUCAGGUUUUCCUCUUUAUAUAAUAGAUUUAUUUAUUUUAAAUGUACGGUGGCACUGAAGUGCAAAUCACAAACAAUAACAAAAAACACAACGACAUUAGUUGGAAACCCAAUGACACUAAGAAGAAACACAAUGGCAUUAAGAAGAAAUACAAUGACAUUAAGAGGAAACACAACGGCAUUAACAAGAAACAGAACAACAUUAACAAUUCUCACACGUUUGUUAGACGGACUUACUAUUUAAUGGGGCCAAACUACGUAUGGCGCAGUUUAUAUGAUGAGAUGAAACUUAUUGCUACUUCAGUAGCCAAACAGCUGUUCAGGUCUGCUCUCCUCACAUCUUAUU